AUGGGGGACUGGAACUUCCUCGGGGGGAUUUUGGAGGAGGUGCAUAUCCACUCCACUAUGGUGGGCAAGAUCUGGCUCACCAUCCUGUUCAUCUUCCGUAUGCUGGUCCUCGGAGUGGCAGCCGAGGACGUGUGGAACGACGAGCAGGCUGACUUCAUAUGCAACACUGAGCAGCCCGGUUGCAGGAACGUGUGCUACGACCUCGCUUUCCCGAUCUCCCUCAUCCGCUACUGGGUGCUGCAGGUCAUUUUUGUGUCCUCUCCCUCAUUGGUUUACAUGGGCCACGCUCUCUACAGGCUGCGGGCGCUGGAGAAGGCGCGGCAGAAGAAGAAGGCUCUGCUGCGUAAGGAGCUGGAGUUGGUCGAUGUGGAACUGGCAGAAGCCAGGAAGAGGAUUGAGCGGGAAAUGAAACAGGUCGAUCAGGGAAAGCUCAACAAAGCUCCUCUGAGGGGCUCUCUGCUGCGGACCUAUGUGGCUCACGUUGUCACCCGCUCUGUUGUUGAAGUGGCCUUCAUGACAGGCCAGUACGUCCUUUACGGUUUUCACCUCUACCCGCUGUUCAAGUGUGAGCGGGAUCCUUGUCCCAAUGCUGUAGACUGUUAUGUUUCCAGACCAACAGAGAAAACGGUUUUCAUGGUGUUCAUGCAAUGCAUUGCUGGAAUUUCCCUCUUCCUGAACAUCCUGGAGAUCAUGCAUCUGGGUUACAAGAGGAUUAAAAAGGGCAUCUUGGACUUCUACCCUCACUUGAGAGACGAGAGGGAUGACCUUGAUGACUGCUAUUCCAACAAGUGUAAAAAAGAAUCUGUAGUGCAAAUAUGCACCAGUACAGCCCGGAAGGCUACAAUUGCCUCUGCACCAGGUGACUACAACCUCCUGAUGGAGAGGGGGCAUGGCACAAUUAUGUACCCAAGCCUCAUCAAACCUUCAACUUUUCUACCUCUUCAGGGCGAGCUGGCCACUCAGCAGGAUUUAGAUGACUCCAGAUGUUCAGCUCAAAGCCCCCCAGACUAUAACUACACCUCGACUACCAAUGAGCCCUGCUCGCCGUGCUGCGACUCCCUGAACAAUCCAAAGCAGCAGGCCGAGGACUUUCUGCAUCUUCCACCACACAGUAAGGAGGACAGCAGUGGAAGAGGCAGCCCAGACUCUCCAAAAUGCCCACAGAAGGCAGCCCACCCUUCCUCUUACCCCACGCUGCCAGUCAGUGCAUCAAGAAGACCGUGGAAGUCUCAUGGCUCUUUCAAAUGCUCCACAGUGUUGGAGGGCAAAAGCUCUGACACAGAUUCAUAUGGGGGUGCAAAAGCCAGCAGUGGACCUCCCAGCUCUCAAACACAGUCAAAAUCAGAAGCAAAACAUCAGAGCCGGCCCUCCAGCCCAGAGUCUCUGGAUGAGUCCAGCUCAGGAUCCACGCACCACCCCAGGCCGAGUACUGCGAGCAGCAAACGAACAUCUGACCUGCAAGUCUAAACUUAAAACCGUU